GGCAGUGUUUUGUGCUUCCCCAAACCGGAAGUAGAAUGUCCAACCAGCCACAUCUUUUACGUCAACACGCUUGAAGGGACUCGGACAACUUCAAUCUGCAGUUGAUGUCAGCUCCAAAAGGCGAGAACUGCCAGGUGGACAUGGAGAGCAAAGCUGGAGAUCUGUUCAGUGCUGAGGAUGCUCAUCCUACUGGUGGAGCCGGGAUCUUGGCCAAGCUGGGCCUCCCCAAAGGCAUCUCCACCAGUGUGGCCAAAGAGUGGCUGGACCGGCGCCGCCUGUCCAUCCGACCGUGGGCCAGCUUCGUGGACCAGCGCAAGUUCUCCAAACCUCGCCACUUUGGUGAGCUGUGUCAGCGGGUGGUGAAAAAUGUGGAGACGUUCAACAGCAACUACACCUUCAUCUUCUUGGGCCUCAUCCUCUACUGCAUAAUCAGCUCUCCGAUGUUGCUCAUCGCAUUGGCCGUGUUCCUCGGUGCCUUCUACAUCGUCCAUCUUAAAUCGCUGGAGUCGAAGCUGGUGAUCCUUGGCAAGGAACUGACUGUCCCACACCAGAUGAGUCUAGCUGGAGCUGUUUCCUUGCCUGUGUUCUGGCUGGCAGGAGCAGGCGCUGCAGUUUUUUGGGUUCUGGGAGCGACCUUGUUCGUGAUCGGCAGUCACGCCGCGUUUCGUGAGCUGGAACCUUCCGACUUGGAGGAGCUCCUCAUGGAGCCCGUGUAAGGAGCAGGACGACCUGGCUUGUACACGCUGUGGUUACUAAGUACAACACCUCUAAUGAUAUACUUUGCUGUUACACCGCUAUCACGGCCUAUUCAAACACAUCAUUAUGUCAUAUUCUAUAUGUCGCCGCUCUUUUUCAUUAAAUGGGUUAGGGUUACAUUUAUACUUUGUUAUUCGCAAUUGUCGCUACGCCAAACUGCUAAACCGGGAACAAUUUUCCCAACAGAAGUUCAAUUUUAAAGCAAUGAACACGUAAAAGUACGAUUAUGAUUUUACACAAAUGAAAAGACUUGAUGUUGUUUUUUUUAAUGCAAACCUUUAGUUUACUUCAUAUAGAAAUGGUGCCAGUGUAUAUUCUACAGCCAGGAAAAUGGUAGUAUUGUGCAAAAGUUUAUUCCAGCAAUUACAUUUACAAAGUGAAGCUCAGAACAUGUCAGAUAUUUCAAGCCUUUGUUUGAUAUCAUUUUGAUGAUUAUAGCUUACACUCUGGGUGUGCGAAUGUUUUGAAUUGAGGGCCGCAUUGGAAAAAAAUGUAUAUGUGUAUAUGUACAUAUACAGUACAGGCCAACAUUUUGGACACACCUCAUUUCAGUUUUCUUCAUUUUCAUGAAAACCCUUGCAGGGGACUGACUACCUCUUGAAGCCCAUCCAGAGAAUGCCAAGAACGUGCAAAGCAGUAAUCAGAGCAAAGUGUGGUUAUUUUGAAGAAACUAGAAUAGGACGGCGUGGCGCGGUUGGGAGAGUGGCCGUGCCAGCAACCUGAGGGUUCCUGGUUCAAUCCCCACCUUCUACCAACCUCGUCACGCCUGUUGUGUCCUUGAGCAAGAAACUUCACCCUUGCUCCUGAUGGUUCGUGGUUAGCGCCUUGCAUGGCAGCUCCCUCCAUCAGUGUGUGAAUGUGGAAGUAGUGUCAAAGCACUUUGAGUACCUUGAAGGUAGAAAAGCGCUAUACAAGUACAACCCAUUUACCAUUUAUUAUAAAACAUGUUUUCAGUUAUUUCACCUUUUUUUGUUAAGUACAUAACUCCACAUGUGUUCAUUCAUAGUUUUGAUGCCUUCAGUGACAAUCUACAAUGUAAAUAGUCAUGAAAAUAAAGAAAACACAUUGACUAAGGUGUGUCCAAACUUUUGGCCUGUACUGUAUGUAUAUACUAUAUAUAUGUAUAUACUGUAUGUAUAUACUAUAUAUAUAUAUAUAUAUGUAUAUAUACACACACAUACAUACAUACAUACACAUAUAUAUAUAUAUAUAUAUAUAUAUAUAUAUAUAUAUAUAUAUAUAUAUAUAUAUAUAUAUAUAUAUAUAUAUAUAUACUUAUAUUAAUAUAAUGGAUUAAUAUGAGGGCUUCACGGUGGCAGAGGGGUUAGUGCGUCUGCCUCACAAUACGAAGGUCCUGCAGUCCUGGGUUCAAAUCCAGGCUCGGGAUCUUUCUGUGUGGAGUUUGCAUGUUCUCCCCGUGAAUGCGUGGGUUCCCUCCGGGUACUCCGGCUUCCUCCCACCUCCAAAGACGUGCACCUGGGGAUAGGUUGAUUGGCAACACUAAAUGGUCCCUAGUGUGUGAAUGUUGUCUGUCUAUCUGUGUUGGCCCUGCGAUGAGGUGGCGACUUGUCCAGGGUGUACCCUGCCUUCCACCCGAUUGUAGCUGAGAUAGGCGCCAGCGACCCCAAAAAAGGGAAUAAGCGGUUGAAAAUGGAUGGAUGGAUGGAUUAAUAUGAUUGGAUAUUAACAGAUUGAUUGAUUGAUUGAUACUUUUAUUAGUAGAUUGCACAGUACAGUACAUAUUCCGUACAAUUGACCACUAAAUGGUAACACCCCAAUAAGUUUUUCAACUUGUUUAAGUCGGGGUCCACGUUAAUCACUUCAUGGUACAAAUAUAUACUAUCAGCAUAAUACAGUCAUCACACAAGUUAAUCAUCACAGUAUAUACAUUGAAUUAUUUACAUUACAUUAUUACAUUAUUUACAUUAUUAUACAUGACAUUAUUUACAGUAUUUAAAAGUUUGAUUCAUACUUUGUGUACUUCCGUGACCACCUCCUAAAAGUUUUGUAAUCAAUCAAAAAUAUCAAGCGCCGAACAUGGAAAAGUAUGAAGAGAGGGUUUUGCAAGUUUCCCAUCAUGCAUUUCAGGGGAUUUACAUGGGUAUAAUUAUGAAUUAUGUGUAGUGCUUGGACAUGUUUAAUAAUAUCAAGAAAGUUCAGUGAGCAGGUUGUGUUACGUGUGACCAUGGGUGUUGACUUUUUGUGCUAGUUUUAUUUGCGCCAGGAGUGAGAAAGGUUGUCUGGUUUGGGCCAUAUGUAAAAAUGCUGUGCUGUGGACACUUCAAGGUGUAAUUUAUGGUUAUUAACUUCAAUAGUUGUCUUUAUUCCACACGAUGGGUGGCAAUUUUAAGCAAUUAUAUUUUCCUACAUGAAAUAUUAAAUCUGACGUCAGAUCCCUUAUUAAACUGAAAUCCACAGUUUCGACACCCCUGGUUCACAGAUUAUGAAAAUCUUGAAAAAUGUUUUUUUUUUUGAACUAUAAACCAUUAUCAUCGAAAUAAUGAGGAAAAAAAGGCUUGACAUAUUUUACUUUGCAUGUCCUGAGUUUAUAUCACAUACUAUUUUCACAUUUAAAUGAACUUUAGCAUGAUAUUCUAAUUUAUGGACUUUGACCUGAAUGCACUCAACAUUUAACAUUUAAUUGUGUUAUCAAUAAAGUUGGGCCAUGCAAGCAAACUA